GAACCGCCUCCGUUCAUCUUACCCGCUGUUUUUGUGGCACCCUCCACCAUCACCUCCUUGGUGACACAGCAGGGUCGUCGGCAAAAUGAUUGUUAAAUUCAGAAACGGCUAUAUAUUGAGAAGGUUUUGACGCGACCUGUUCAUUAAUUCGAGUACAAAGGUCCUUGAGUAGAUAAUUUUGUGGAUAAAUACGAGAAAUGGCUCUAGUAGCACUUCAACCACAGGGUGUCUAUUUGACAUCUUCGUCAAGGCGUUUUAUACUUAGCAAAAGAAUGCAGUUGAAGCGGUGUUUAACAAAGCAUCACAUGGUUGGACGAACUGACUGGCAUUGCCUGUUAAAGCGGAAUAUUUGUUCAAGUGUAGGAUCUCCUCUUAUUAGUGGAUCCAUGCAUAAGCCAUUCAGAAUUGCAGCUUUCAAAGGCAAUGCACAAAAUGAUGAAUCAGUAACGAGAGCUAACGGAUUGAAGGUUCCUAAGACCUCUGUUGGACUGGAAGAGAGUGGUGAUGCCAAAUCAGAAUCUCCUAAGGUCCACAACGGUCCUCUAUCGUAUGCUUCUAAACCGAAUGAGAGCCUAACAACAUCAUCAGCUAUUCAUAGACUUUUCAAGAGAUGGCUUACAAUGUUGCGCACACAAUCAUCAACUGAAGAAGCAGAGGAAAUUAUAGGAGAACCACCUCCUGGUGUUUCACAAGAAACACCACAGGAGCCUCAAAGCCAGGGAAGAGGUGAAGUUUUGAAGGCAGCAUGGUUUCAUUUUGCAGCCCUUGAUGCAACAAUUAAAGUUCCUUUCCUAAUAUUUGUUCCUUUCUACCUGGCCGUUAAUGUCACAUAUGGUGCUGGAGUUUCGAGGGAAUUAACUCCUUUGUGGGUUUUGGGCCCCCUCAUUGUGGCCGUCUACAUCACGAUAUUUCGGAAAUUGUGGACACUUUAUGUCUUCAGCUUCAAGCAGACUAUCAAAGUACUCAAGGGCAUGCCCUCUUUCUGCGUUCUGGCUUUUAGCUAUGUCUUUAGUGGAAAGCUAAAAGAAGACAUUGGAGCUCUUAUUUUGCAGCCUAUAAUGGGCCUUAAAAAUAAAGAUUACAAAGAGCUAAGGAGGAGAAAGUUUAAAGAAUUGGAAGAAUGGUUAGUGGAGAAGUACCUCGAUUUCGUGGAGUCAAUUUGGCCCUAUUAUUGUCGGACUAUCAGAUUUUUAAAGAGGGCAAAUCUCAUUUGAAUUUGAAAAAUUUUCUUGAGGGUAGUCCUAGGAAAGGUAAGAAAGAGGUGGAAGGAGAUGAUCUGAUAUUGUGUCGAAAGAAUUUUUGAAGAGAGCUGGCCAAUCCCAUUUUGUUUUUGGGUCUUGGUGUUUGAUCGAGUUAAUGAUCAAUGGUAAAUUCCUGAUUUGUGUCAUCUUCCCAGCGUUGUCAUUUUAUUCUUAGACGAGGUUGUAUCGAUCAUUGAAUUGCAGCAUAUGUAGCGCCAUGAUAUUGAUUUCCUUCCGUGUCAUUGGCGUGGAUUGCCUCCAACGUUGUUGACAACUGAAGGACCCAAGGUGAUUUCCCAUUUUGGAAACAUUAAUCAAGGUCCGAUUUGUUUGUAGUAUAGUAACAGUAAACCAAUUCAGUAAUAGAUUAUGAUGUUUAACUUUGUUUUA